AUGACUUCCUACCUUAAUACCUCGACGACAGUAAAUGUCAUCCGUCCGCUCGCUCCAGCAGUCAGCAAAGCAUCCGCUCUAGCCCUCCUCCACGACUUCAAAACCAUCAUCGCGCUCAACCCGCUAAUUAAAUCCUACAAACCCGUUUCCUCACCCGUCGCAUUCUACAAAUCCGUCCCUGCGGACCUCAAACCCUCAUCCACCGCCGAACUCGAAGCUCUAUCCGUCUUAAGCGUCAUUGAGAACUCCGCGCCACCCGAAGGAACAACUGGAGCGACCUGGCGAGGCGGCUGGACCAAGGCAUUUGUGCCCUCCGAAUUGAGCUACGAGAGUAGUUUUCAGCAUCUUGAGGAUGGCGGCAUGAUACUUACGCAUGCGCCGAUGGGUGUGAAUAGUGUUACUACGUGGAAGAUUGAGCAGGGAGAUGAAGGGCUGAUGGUUAAUAUGAAGCUUGUGGUUAAUAGUAAUAAGAUGUUGAUGGCAUUUAUCAAGACGACCUUACAGGAUAGUGUGGAGAAAUUGGUUGAUGAUUUUCUCAAGGCGGUCGAGAAGGUGCAAGAGACGGGUAAAGUAGUGAUGCUCCAGGCAGAUGGUUCGAGAAUUGAGGUUUAA